GCCCCCUUCUACAGUUUUCGAGCAAUGAAGCGAAGACGAAGAGCUUCCCGGACAGGUACUUCACCUCUCUGUCCUUAUGAUGCGAAGCGAUAGUUUUCACUGCGGAAGCCGCUUUUUUUCCUGCUAAAACUUGAAACUCAGACUGCUGUCGUGUGACCUUCAAAGGUCAGAGUUUUGCUCCACCGUGAUCUCCAGCAAGGACGACGACCAGGAUGACGUCACCGUCGCCGACUCAUAGUGAUAGUAGUGGUUCUUCUAAGCAAGAUGGUAACCAGGAUAGUUGGGAAAUUGUUGAAGGGCUCAGGGGUGGUCCUGCCAUUUUGCAGCAACCUGAGCUACAACAGGGUUUCUUAUUAAAAAGGAGGAAAUGGCCAAUGAAGGGAUGGCACAAGAGAUAUUUUCUUUUGGACAAAGGCAUCCUAAAGUAUGCAAAACGUGCCACAGAUCUAAGGAAAGGAAAGCUCCAUGGCUGUAUUGAUGUCGGCCUCUCCGUCAUGGCAAUAAAGAAAUCAACCAUGUGCAUUGAUCUGGACACUGAGGACAACAUCUAUCACCUAAAGAUGAAGUCGCGCGACGUGUUUGAUGAAUGGGUGUCAAAACUGCGUCAUCACCGUGUGUUUCGUCAGAAUGAGAUUUCCUCGUAUCCUCACCAUUACCAGAGCCACACCUUUUCUUCGCCUUCGCUCAGUGACUCCAUAAGGAAGAGGGCAACCCUCCCCAAGCAGACAUCCAUUCAUCAAGCUAAAAUCAGUUCUUGGCUUCACUCUUCAGAGGACAUGAACAAGUGCAACAAAGACUUGGAAGAAUGUGAAUCCUACCUGCUAGAACUUAAUUUACUUCUGAGGAGCAUGGAAGUCAUGCAUCGUACAUACUCCGCCCCAUCCAUCAACAUGCUACAAACAUCAACAUCUGAUACCUCCAAGAAAGAGAAGAGGGCAAAGAAAUGGCGAACCAAGAAUGGCAAAAAUAGCAAAGUAACAACACAGAUGCCUCAAAUCAACGCCUCCAAUCCCAAUCUCCCAUAUGCGGAAGCCAAUAGUCAAGAGAUAUUUCUGGAAUCUCCAGACUCUCCCGUCGAGGUUUCCCGUCUGCAGGAGAACUUCAACAGGCUUGCUAACAACAUCCACAGUACACUGAAAUCAGCCUACAGUUCCCUGUCAGCAGAAAGGGAAAGAUUAAGGCACACUAUUGAAAUGCAAGCCCCCCAGCCAAUGCAGGUCACGGCCUUAAAGACUGCCUAUGGCUCAGACCACCUAGAUGAAGUCCAUUCUUUGGUCCACCAGUCAUCCAAUGAGAGCAGAGCAUCAAUCCCUGAAUCUGUAUGCGAGUUCUAUGAUGCGCAGGAGUACCUCCUGUCCUCGUCCUCUUCUGAGAAUGAGCUCUCCGACGAUGACUCAUACAUCAGUGACGUGAGUGACAGCAUUUCUGUGGAAACCUGCAGCAACGGAGGGGGCAGCGAAAGACAUGGUUCGGUCAGCAGUGUCGGAUCCGUGGUUCACCGCCGCCGCACCGCACUGCCCUCUCCUAGUCCACCAAACAGUGUGAGUUUGUGGAACAUUCUAAGGAACAACAUUGGGAAGGACUUGUCCAAAGUGGCCAUGCCGGUACAGCUGAACGAACCACUCAAUACCCUGCAGCGGCUCUGCGAGGAACUUGAGUACAGCGAGCUGCUUGACACCGCUAACAAGACUUCCAAUCCUUUCCAGCGCAUGGUGUACGUUGCUACAUUUGCCAUAACGGCAUACACAUCUUCCUACUAUCGAGCUGGAAGCAAACCUUUCAAUCCAGUUUUGGGAGAAACAUAUGAGUGUGAUAGACCUGACAAGGGCUUUAAGUUUAUAGGUGAACAGGUGAGCCAUCACCCCCCUGUUUCAGUGUGUCAUGCAGAUUCCAAGAACUUUUCUUUUUGGCAAGAUGUCCGAUUGAGAAACAAAUUUUGGGGAAAAUCCAUGGAAAUAGUUCCAGUUGGUACCACCAAUGUCACGUUGCCUUCGUUUGGGGACCAUUAUGAAUGGAACAAAGUGACAUCGUGCAUCCAUAAUAUACUUAGCGGGCAGCGUUGGAUUGAACACUACGGAGAGAUGACCAUCAAAAAUGUCAACAGUAACACUUGCGAGUGUAAAAUCACAUUUGUCAAGGCAAGAUCAUGGAGCUCUACUGUUAAUGAAAUAGAGGGCGUAGUGACCGAUUCCAGUGGAAGAGUCGUGCACUCCAUUUUUGGAAAAUGGCACGAGUCAAUUUUUCAAGGAGACCCACCUUCUGCCACGUGUAUCUGGAGAGCAAAUCCCAUGCCAGCAGACCAGGACCAGUACUAUGGUUUCACUAAAUUUGCCAUAGAAUUAAACGAGUUGGACCCCACUAUAAGACCUCUGCUGCCCCCUACAGAUACACGCUUCAGGCUGGACCAGAGGUUAAUAUUGAUUACUACUUUUAUAAAAAAUACACUUUCACUCACUUUCUUUGCUUUAUUCAGGUGCUUGGAGGAGGGAAAUGUGGAAGAAGCUGAGGAACAGAAGCAGAGGAUAGAGCAGCUUCAGAGAGAGAGGAGGAAAGUGCUGGAGGAAAACAACAUGACCCACCAACCACGUUUCUUCAAGAAGUCAGACUAUGACACUUGGGUCAACAACAACUCAUACUGGGAGUUACGCAGAGAUCCCGGCUUCAUGAAGGUGGACUUCCCUGUGUUGUGGUGACCUGCGGCUAUCAUUUCACUUCACUACAAAUUGGAAUGAAGUGGGAAGUCAAAAAAAGUGAAGUGAGAGCAACCUCAAGUCCUCAUUUGUGUCGUGGUAACCCCAACCAUCAAGGACUUCCUGUGCCGUCCCUAUCGUCGGCUUCAUGUACAUUAAAGUGUCUCAUCUCAAAUAUUAUGUUAACUUUGUUAGCGUAAGCUCAAGUGCAGAUCUUUCACAUAAUUUUAUUCAUCAACAUUUACUAAAGUGCCUUUAAUUGCAGUGCUACACCUAUUCAACUGCUGUAAUCAUGUGAAAAGAAAAUGAUCAUACAAGUGUUUUUUAAAAGCCCAGAUUUUUAGUUAGCAAACUCCAAGAUCAUAGGAGGGGGUUGUUUAAAAGUUGAUAUUUUGAAGAGCAUAUCUGCCCCAUACUGGACUGUAAAAAAUAGUAAUAAAUAACACUUUGGUUCAA